AUUGAGGAAGAUGUUAUAAUAUUGGGAAUUGUUGGAGUUUAAUUUCGUGAAGUAAUUUUGUUAAGAAAUGAAGUAUAUGACGCUUCCCCCUUUUUAAUUUAUAAUGUGAUUUCUUAACAUUAAUUAAUAUAUGUGUGAUUGUACUCUGAUGUCUGUACUUGUAAAAUAAUCCAUGAGAAUACGUCAAUAUUCAAUAUCUACUUCUACUACUGAGUGCUAGGCUUGGUAUACCAGUUAACCAUACUACUAUAUUUACAAGUACUACUGGCAAAUAGUUUUGAUUACAUAAGAGGUCCAUAUUUCAACAGAGAAGUUAUGGAUACGAGUAAAACUAGAAAGAUCAAAUCUCUUUUGUUACAAGCCUGGAGAGAACGCUGGACUGAUAUUAAAUGGGGAAUAAACAUUAAGAACGUCUUGCCACGAGGUGUUAGCGGAGAUGUGUAUGAUUUGGCAGAUUGUAUUCUACAGCAAGCACUGGUAGGACCAGGUCCGAACAGCUUAUUUUUGUCCUAUUUGACUCACUGUCUUAGCUCUCAUGUAGUUUCAUAUGGAGCUGUAUUGAUCAGCAUAGGACGCUACCAAAGUUUCUACAAACCAUACUGUAUUAUAAGUUUGCUUGAUCUCUUAAAAUCAAUCCAGCCAAGAAUUAGUUGCCACUAUGGGAAUGAGGAAGAAUGUAUUGGUCUUUGUCAAGCAGUUGUUAAUGUUACACACUGGUUGUAUUCUUGUGUUCUUCAUUCACUUUCAAAGUUAGCAGAGCUUAAACAAAGUCCAGAAAACAUGUCUAUACUGGAAAAGGCUGUAGAAUCCCUUAGUUUCUUCAGCAACUCCACGUUUCUGAAAGCUCUCUUGUUUGUUGGAAAACAUGAAGAUCAGAGUAUGUAUUCUCAGCUUGUUCAGAAACAGCAGGAACUAGAGAGUAAGGUAACCCAAUUACAAGGUUUCAACUUAUCUAAAGAUAAUAUAGAAGUAACUCUGAGACUUGUGAAGAGUGUACAAGAUUUGCCUAACAUUUCCACCAAAAGCACCCUUAGUAAGUCUUUGAGACCUCAACCAAUAGUAUGCAGUUUGAAUGCUUUGAUUGCAAUUGAUGCAGUGCUUAGCCCUGCAAGUGAUAUUCAGGCUUGUGUUGAUCAGUUGCUACUUGUACAAAAGCUAGAGAACCUCUCCCUACCAGAAUUUUAUUGUGAAAUCAUAAGGGCUUGUUUCAUGGGCCUUGCUGAUGCAGCUGGGAGCUCAGAAGAUCUUAAAUGGGCAGCUUUCACCUUCUUAAAAGUCCCACAAUUUAUUGCCAAAGUGCAUAAAGCUUGUAAAGAAGACCCUUCAUGGAACCUUGGAGAGGAUUCAGCUCCACUUGAACAGGGUUUGGAACUGUUAAUGCAAUACACUCCGUUACUAGAUCUUACUGACACCAGAAGUAAUUGUGACUGUUUGCAGUUUCUUCUUCACGAGCUCUGCAAAGUGAAGCUUCUGAGUGAUGCCCAGUAUGAUAGAUUAUUGGCACGCAGACAGAGAGAAUCAUUACGGCAAACACUUCCUCGUUCAGAUCAACAAUCCAGUCAAGCUGGGGCGAGCUUAAUACUCCGAGCUGAACCUACUGUGACAAGCAUUCUUAAAACCUUAGAUUCUGAUUAUUCUAAAAACCAAGAUGCCCUUCUUGGAGUAUUGAGUCAUAUGAACACUGGAAAAAGCUUUGAGUUGAUUUUGUCUGCUGCAGCAGCAACUGGUAAACUGCAUAGUUUUGCAACAAAACUGAUAAAGUUUAAUGAAUACAACAAAGAAAAUUCUGGCCCACCAGAAGAUUUCAAAGCUGCACAGACCCGUGCAUUGUUGUUUGACAUUACCUUUCUAAUGUUAUGUCUAAUUGCUCAACAAUAUGGAAUUGAAGCAGUUACGUCAAACCCAGAAACAAAAAAUUCUUUCUUCUAUACUUGGGUUACAGAAUGUUUAGCAGAAAGUGGCAAGUAUAAAAAUCCUGAUACUGUUUUGAGUAGAUGUGAUUCAUCUGUUGUUGAUAAUUUGCUUUCCCAGUUCACUAAUCCAGACCAGGAGUUCAGAACUACCCUUGUCAAAUGGCAUGAAGUGUGUAUCAAUGGCCCCAUGGCCAUCAAAGAAAUCCUUGUGGCAUGGCAAUAUGAUGCAUUACCUACUGCAACUGUUAAAAAUAUUCUUGAUCAUGUGAAAAGCAAAAUGUGUUGUUUGCCUGUUUGUAUUUCAGCUUGGUUGUGCAAUUAUGUGAAUAUUCUUCAUCACGAUGAGAGGUUGAAACCUGUGAACAUGAUACAGCACUUUACAACACCAUACUCAGGAGAUGGACUUGGAGGAAUGUCUUCAGGUCAGGAACAGGUAAAUCAAUACUAUAAGGAAAGAUCAACCUUAAUGAUCAACAUUAUCAAGAAAAUGAUGUAUGAUUUGCACCCUCCAUCCCAGACAAAAUCUAAAGGUGUUCAUGCCAUUUCUCAAGGGCUCACUGUUCGGACUCCUUUGUGGGAAAUAAUGGAUGGAAUUUUUAUAACUGCCCAUGGUCGAGGCUGGUUAGAUCUUAAAACAACCCACAGCCUUGACACGUUGAUGUGUGUUGGGGGACCUCAAUGGUUUUGUGAUACACUAGUGAGACAAGCUUUGAAGUUUGAUCAUCUUGAUGACUUGCACCGUGCAGUGGAAUUAAUAUUUGGUCUAUUUUAUAUAGACAUUGAACAGUGUGCAUUAGCUUUGUUGCUGCAUGUUUUGCCUAUUUACAUACGUUCUGAGUCCCGUCAACAUCUCUUAGCUGAACCACAUGGAUCAGCCCUUGCUAGACUUGUAGUACUUACUAUAUAUGCAGCACUUCAAGCCAGACAAAGUGCAAACCAACAUGGUGGAAGAAGUGGGAGAACAAAGAGACCCAGACGGGAUAUGGAAAUGGAAGAAAUGUAUGAAAUUUUUGAUCGAGAGAGGCCAAGUAAGAUAAGAAGAGGAGUAAGUGACAUGGAGCUACUAGAUGAAACACCUUUUGGUUUACAGUCAAAUUAUGAAGAGACUCGUGCCAUGGCUUGGGAUCCUUUGAACAGAGCAAUUGCAGAUACUAUGCGCAUGUUAUCACAUAUUGCUUCGGACAAUUUUGUUAGUCAGCGUUCCACAUUCCCACUCCUAAUUCUUGAACAACUGGUUCUUUGUGCCAAAGAACAAGCCAAUGCUGUAUUACAGUUCAUGCCACUUGGCCUGGUCCCCCAUAUGGUCAAAAUGAUGCCUGAAUUCUUCACUUUUGAACUGGUACUUGCUGUGAGCAGUUUACAAACAGCUCGUGCUCGGAAGGUUGCAGCCAGAACCCUCUGUCAACUAGAUGUUGCACGAAGUAAGAUAGAAGCUUCAUAAAUCCAACAAUUUUUAGGAUAUGUUGAGUUAACUGUAAACAACAUUUACUAUGCAUUUAGAAAUUUAUCAUUGAUAUUGUUUAAAAAGCAGUUGGGUCUUUUUAGAAUUUAAUGCAGAUUGAUGGUACUUAGCAAGACAGGGCAUAAGUUUUAAGCAGAAGUGUGGAAUUACUUUAUAUUUCCAGAUGCAUGAAACAACAAGAUUUGUUUGAAGGUUGACAAGUUUGAAGUUGACAUGAAUAUUUAUUAAUGAAUGGCAGUUGCUAUGAAGGAAGCAGUUUUAGCCUGGUGUGAUGAGUUAUCUUAAUGGACAUCAUGUAUUGAAGUUAUUGAAAUACCAUACUGCUUCUGCUUUCCCCAAGUUAAGAUGCAACAUUUUGGUGUGUAAGUCAUUGCAACAACUUCAAGCAUUGGUGAGCUAACCCUUCUGACACCAGAAUCAGAAUAAUCAGCAGAACAUUUGGCUGUUUUGUUACUCACCGGUUCUCUAUUUUAGUGAUUUUUUGUUUGGCUAAACUGAAACCCUUAAUAGCUUUUAAAAACCUCAAAAACCUAACUUAGAUGUUUAUAAAAGUUUCUUAGACUGUUAUAAGAGAGAUUUGAAGCUAUGAUGAGCAAUACAUAUGUGGCAGCCAUUUUUUUUCCUGGCCCUACAUUCUAAGCACUGUCAUGCUUAUUGAUAGCUUACAUGGAAAACACAGUGAAUUACAUUAUGGACAGAAUUGAGUUGCCAAUGGCAUUGUAUAGAUCAGUGAUUCCCAAAUUUAACAUCUCGCAAACCUCUUUCGUGAAAAUGCCAAAUCUUGCAAACCUCCUCCUUUUCUUCCUUACCUGAUUAUAAAAACAAUGAUCUUGGAAAUAUAAACACACUAUUAUUACAUUAUUAUUUAUCAUUACAAUAUAGAUUUUAUUACAUUAUGAAAACAGCAACACUCUUCCAAGAUUUCACUUUCGUAUCACCGAUUAAGCCUAAACUUUUUUCAUCUUAAUUUUAAGAACAACACUAGUAGUCUGUUUAAUUUUAAAAAGAGCAAAAAAUACCCCUCACCUUUCCACUUCUGUUAAGGAGUCUUGAAGUUAUAAUCUAUUCAGUGUGAUGAAUGCGUGCAAACACUUGUUUCUGUCAUUAUGGAAUUUUUUAUAAGAACCCCCUGAAACAUUUUGUGAACCCCCAAAAAGGUUCAUGGACCACAGUUUGGGAACCACUGGUAUAGGUUAUCUCACAAUAAAAGCAAAAUCCUAAAAGAUAUUAUUAUUUUUUUUUGUCAGUGUUUUGUGGGACCAGGAGAGGGCAAGUAGAUUUCUUUAGCAUUUUGUCCCUUGGACAAGAAGUUUUUGAAAAAUUCUACACCCAUGUAAGUGUGUUAAAACUCAUGAUUUCAAGAACUGAAGAAGACUGAUAAUAUGUUAGCAUGCAUCAAAAAUCAGUUUGUUUUUGUAAUUGAAUUGUUUAGUUAACUGAUUUCAUAAUUAGAAAGAGAAAAGCAUUUUUUCCCUUAUUGAAACUGUCUGUUUGUGUGUGUGUGUGUAUAUAUAUAUAUAUAUAUAUAUAUAUUCAGUUUCAUCCAUUUCUCAUUCAAAAAUUCAAUACUUAACUUACAGAAUGCCACUAUUAUUGGUGCCACAAUGUGACUGAAUAAACCAUUCUCAUGAAGAGAAGCCGUGUAAAAAUUUACAUCACAAAGUAGAAUUGAAUGUACAAAGAAAAAUACACUAAGCUGCACAGAGUUGACCUCCAAAUGAUUUUUGAAAAUAAAUUUUAGCAUCAAAUAUUCUAAAGUUAAAUACUGCAAAUACCAAAUAAACUUAUGAUAUUUUAACUUUAAAAAAAUUAAGAAAUAAUAAAAGUAGUUAUCAAUGUUAAUCAAUUUACUUCAUAUUUAAUUUGAAAAAAUGUGAUAUUUUUGUCAUUAGGGGAAACCUGGAAACCUAAAGAUAAUUGCUGAACCCUAUAUAAAAUACAGAUACUAAAAAAUUAGGAAGGUUGUUUACAAAUUUUUCUCAAAGUUCUAAUUAAAUUGGACCUAGGGGGUUAAAGGUAUAUAUAUAUUUUUUUUAGUAACUGCAUUUUGUUUUACACUUGGAGAUGUCAUUUGUUUUUUCAUAGCUCUAAGUUUAAAUAGAAAAGUUUUUGUGAAAGAAGGAAGAUGUUUAAUGAAAACCCCUCAAACUUGAGAAAUUUAUUGUAUGAUAUUUUACUAUACAUUAUAUAUGGUUAAUGAAAUAGUUUGAUUUUUUGGUGUUUUAUCUUGAAGUAGUGUGAACAAAUAAACUUAUGACAUUUAACUUUAAAAAAAUUGUAAGAACUGUAAACAGUUAACAAUUUUAAUGAUUUUAUGUGGCAUAAAUUUAGAAGAGAAAAUGUGCAAACCCAUAAUUAGUCUAAUUAGUUUUUGUCAAAUAAUAUUGAUAUAUAAAUUGGUGUAAUGGAAGCUAACCUCUUGAGCAUCUGAAUUUAUAUCCAAAUAAUAUUUGUAUAAUAUAUUUAUUAUCUGAAUCAAUCAGAAACAGUUUUUACUCUGUUGUAAUAAUUCAACUGUCUGUUAGUACAUAUUUCUUACAAGCAACAAUUAAAUGUUUACAAUUGAUGUAGUUAAUUUUUGAUGACUAGGUAAGAUAUUUUGUAGUCGGGUUUGGGAAAAUACAAACUAUGUACAUGCUGCAAAUGAACAUGUUUUAUCUCAGUAUACUUUAACAUAUAAUUUAAGAAAUCUGUUCUGAUUGGGGGUUUGAACCUUGGACCCUCAGCUCAAUCUAGUGCUCUAAGACCUAUGUUGUGUGCCCUUACUGUCUGAACUACGAGCUUUCAGAUAACUAACCAGAAAACUCUCCAUAUUGACCAUUACACAAUUCUCCUCACUCAAACAAGUUUCAUCUUCAAACUAACUUACGAUCAACCUGGCUUCUUAAGCCACCAACACACACACAUAACAUAACCCAUUCUCUGAAGUUAUUAACACUACAUGAUACAUGGUCAACAAACCAAACCAAUUUAUGAGCCAAGGAUGUAUAUGUAUUGUUUGACUUUCUAUCUAUCCAGCACUCAAGGGUGAGAUAACCAUUUGUUGAAUGUAAAUAUAUCAUAUCAAAAUGUUAAGAAACAUGCACUGACCAGGCCUUGAACCCAGGAUCUUUGGCUCACUUUACUGACCCUUAGUUUUUACAAACUGAGCUUGUAGGUUUCAUGCAUGCAACUCUAUCUCGUCCAUGAUAGUAUAUAUGCUUUGAAAAUUAUCUAACUUUUGCAAUAAACAGUUUUAACUAAGAGUUGUAUGUCAAAUUUAAAAGUUGUGAAAGCUACUGUUUCAUUUUGAUAUAAUGGAAUAAAAACAAGCUUACUAUUUACUUGUGUGAAAGAUAACUUUUUGUUUUCUCAAAAGUUAAUGAUAAACAUUUCAAGUGCUAGAAUAGAGAAGUAGUACUUUCGUAAAUGAUGUGCUUUUAGAAAAAGUUAACUGUAGGAAAAAUUAGGACACAUAGUGAUUAUUGUAGUCUAUAACUAGUUAUAACUUAAAUACUUGUUGUAUACAAGAUAUAAAGCAAAUAUUUUUACUUAUCAUGGAAGAUUGAGUUUUGUUGUUUGUUUUUUAUCUGACAAUAUCAUCAUCGUAUUAACUGUUGGAUUAAGUCCUGUUCUGUACAGAGAAAGCAUUUUUCAUAGAAUGAAGUUUAGCUAAAUUUAUUGUUGUUAAUCUACAUGAAAUAUACUUUAGUAAGUAAGUAAAAUUUUCAUAAUUAGAAUGAAUAAAACAAUUUCAUAACUAACUUUAAACAAAGAAGAAAUAAGUUUAGUAUUUACUACCAGACUUUACUAAUUGCUGUAUAUGGCUAGGCUCUGUAAUGUACAUAUAUGAUUUUGUAUAAUGAAUUAAACAUGUUUUCAAAGUGAA